CAGUCGACACGCUGGUGGCUGAGUUAUCCUGCACAAACGGCAGCGGUUCAGAGCAACAGAUAAAUCAGUUUCAGAUGUGCAUAUCAGAAUCCUGUUCUCCAGAACAAAAAGCUGAAUUCCUUCUUGAAUCCAACAACUUGUCUAAUGAAACUCUUGUGGUACUUGUCUUCACAACACUAACUGCGUCGUCAUCUUUAGAAAAACUCAACUCUUUCUAUAAUUCAUUUGUGGCUGGUGCUGCGAAGCAAAACCUGACUGCUCUCCGCAUCAAUGUGCGUGACAUCCUCCUGAAUUUGACACUAACUUCACUUGUACCCAAAUUCUACCUUCUGAAUGCUGAAGGAUUCAAGCUAUGGUUCCAGGUUUACCUUCCUCUCCUCCUCCCAAGUGCCGACUUAAAAACCUUCGAGAUCAUUCCAAGAAACAUCACCUGUAGCUCUUAUCAAGAGAUUGUCAAAGGGUUUGACAACAUAAUCAGUCGGCUCUCAGGAGAACAGAAUCAGCUUGUCUUUAAAUUUGCUCUGGACUAUCUCAAAGGACAGCUCUCCUCAGGCCUCUCAUGUGUCGAGUCUGGAAGUGUAACUGAUGACAGACGCUGGCUGGAAGUCAAUUUUAGACAGUUUCGCUUCCAAGCCUCGUUCAAGGAUUUUCUGGCCUUCAACAUCAACUUUAAAGGAGUGGAGGUUGCAGAUCUUCUUUUUUUCACUCAGCUGAGGCAACUUGCAGCAAUCCCCUCACAACUGAACGGGACGCAAGAUGUGAUCAAAAUCAUGACAUUCAUCAAUGCUUCUAACUUCAGUCAUUUCUUUGACUUGCUCGUAGAAGAAAUCAAGGCUCAGUCCACCAACUACACGCAGGAGAUAAAGUCAGGCUUCCUGCAGGCAGUUUUUGGCCGAGGAGGUCUUACAGCUGUUAGCGAUGAAGAGCUCCUGCUGUGGCUGAAGGUCCGACUAAGGCCUCUACUUAUCGACCUUUCUCCGAGUUUCGUGACCUCAUUGGCCUCAAUAGGGGAAGAAAGAAGAUGUAACAUCACCCAAGAGAUGAUCAAACUGCUUGACUCCCUACAGACGACCUUCAGCAACAACACAAAAAUCGAGAUCUAUAAAAAUAUCAUCCGCAUCCUUCAAGGUCCAACGCUGCUAAAGUGUUUUGAUGGUAGAAGCUUCUACAUCUUUCUGAGAAGCAGCUUCCUCAGCUUUGGCUUUCCAGAUGUGUCUACAUUCAUCAGUCUUCUGCCACCAACACGCAAGUCAGAGCUUCUAAACAGCUUCAACACCUCAGAGCUGCGUCAGUUUCUCAGUGAACCUGGAGCAAUCCGUAACGGUUCAGAUAUCUGUUACAUCUUCAGCAUCUACAACAACACUGCUGCCUUCCUUGAAACUGAGGACGUCCCAGAUGAUGUGAAGAGGAUCAUCCUCCCCUGUGUGUGGCCUUUGGCUCUGAGCAGCAACAGAAGAUUGGAGAUGAAUUUCUGGUUUGACCGACGAUUAAGGAAUUAUUUUCAAUUCCUCACCAAGGACCUCAUCAGCUCCACUGCAGUGCAGAACGCCUCAUGUCUAGCUUUCGAGAAACUGGUGUCUUUCCUGGGAAAAAACUUCACGUACAACAGUUCUGAGUUUGGACGGGAAGAUGUGUACAGCACCAUCAGGAGCUACCUGAGAGCUGGUUCUGGAGCCAAAUGCUACAAUUCCAGUGAUCCAGAACUGAACUCUACCUCCUGGUUUUCCAACUACAUCGGCAGCUUUGUGAUGUUUAUCACUCUGGAUGAUCUCACCAGCUUUGUCUCCACCUCCCAGAUUAAAGUUUUCCUGGAGGAUGAAUUCAAUCUGGACCUUUUCAGCAACAUAGCCAUCCCGGCUAACGUGACUAGCUACUACAUUGAGCAGAUCUUUACAUUCAACCCGACCUUCAGUCCUGUCAGGUUGCCAGGCAUUUUUCUAUGCUUCUCGGACGUCCCAAGCCUGUCAUAUUCUUCUCUGAACGAAAAUGAUACUGUUAUCAUUUUGGACCGGCUCGGCCUCUUCUGCAACGGAACAAAAAACCCUGAGAUCGCUGCUACUCUGGCAUCAAACAUCAAGACUGUAACCCUGGAGAUAUUUACAAAGCUGGGGAAUGCUUGUUCAGGCCUGUCUAUCAGUCAGAUCAUCUCGGUGCCCUCAUCAGUGUUGCUUUCUGCAUUGUCCACCCUAAGCUCAGUGACUGACUGGACCCAGGACCAGGCUCGCACCAUCAUUGAAAGAUUGCUCACCUCAGACUUUAGGGCAAGAAUAUUGUCAGACAUUUAUUUCCAGUUUAAAUGAAACCUU